UGACUUGCUGUUAGGUUGUAAACUGUGAUCAAACAUGAUGGCUUGGAAUGUUUUUAAACGUACUUUUGGAUCAUCAAGAAGUAUUUUACGAAACAGAUUAUCAAAAUGUAUCUAUAAAAUCGUCAAACCAAUGUCGACAGUGGAUCCUAAGGAUGUUGAACAUCUCUCUGCUUUCAAAAAUGACUGGUGGGAUGAGAACGGACGGUUUCUUGACCUUCAUUUAUAUACUCCGUUUAGAAUAAAGUUUGUGAGGGAAGGAUUGGCAAACACCGGAAUCAAAACGCAAAAUGUAGCUCUUCCGUUGGAAGGAGUCAAGAUUGUGGAUGUUGGCUGUGGCGGAGGUAUAUUGACUGAGCGUUUAGCUAGAAUAGGAGCACAAGUAACCGGAAUAGAUGUAUCGGCAGAGUUAUUAAAUGUUGCAAAAGAGCAUAUAAAAUUAGAUCCUAAUAUAUCAAAGAGAGUGAACUAUAUUCAAACAACUGUGGAAGAUUUCUCUCAAAAGGAGAGGGAAUCGUACGAUGCUGUUGUGGCGUCUGAGGUCUUGGAGCAUGUAGCGGAUGCGCAACUAUUUUUAAAGAAAUGUGUGGAACUUCUGAAACCUGGUGGAUCGAUUUUUAUAACAACAGAAAAUAGAACUAUAGCAUCUUGGUUGGUUGUUAUUAUAGGAGCGGAAUACAUUUUCAAAAGAAUACCUCUUGGUACUCAUGACUGGAAUAAAUUUAUCACACCACAUGAAGUUCAACAUAUAUUGGAUGAUUAUGGAUGCAGAACGAAAUUAAUUCAUGGAGUAAAAUUUAACCCAUUAUUACAACAGUGGUCUUGGUCGUCAUGUACAGCAAUUUUUUAUGUCCUUCAUGCAAUCAAGCAAAUAAAAGCUGACAUAUAGUUUUCAGAACAUGCAACUUUUUUGUU